AACUUAACCGGGAUUAGAUUAGGUUAUGUAUGUAUGUACACAGUAGGACCGAUGGCGCUACCAUCGAGGGCUGCAACUGCUGCAAGCGGGUUAGAAGUGGUUGGAAGUUGGAAAUCGCAUCACUGCUUCGCAUUACACGAAAAAUGGCAGAGAAUUUUGGAAGAGAAACUCCACCGAUUUAUAACGAGGAAACCAAGACUGCGGGACAACCGUUGUCGGAUUUCUUGUUGCAAUUGGAGGAUUAUACACCCACGGUACCUGAUGCCAUCACUGAACAUUACUUGCAUACGGCUGGUUUUAACGCUAUAGAUCCUAGGAUAGUACGCCUGGUAUCAUUAGCAGCACAAAAGUUUAUCUCAGAAAUUGCCAACGAUGCACUGCAGCACUGUAAAACACGUGGUGCUAAUCAGAAUACAAAAACAAAAGGAAAGGACCGACGUUAUACUUUGACUAUGGAAGAUCUGACACCAGCAGUUGCAGAAUAUGGAAUAAUAGUGAAGAAACCACAUUAUUUUGUUUGAUUGAACAAACUAUGCAAUUUGUUGUAUUUAAAUUACAUCAGUACGAUUAAUAAUAAGUAACUACAUUUUCGCGCAAAUUUGUCAUCAAGAGUCAAAAUAUCAUCCAUAUAAAAAAAAUAUAUUGUUAUAUAAAGGAAAAAAUCAUGUCCAC